CAACAGGCGAAACUCACUAAAAUGGCAACUAGAACGGUGUUAUGUCAGAAAAUAAAUUCAAUUCCCAUAAAAAUGAAUUGUUUGUGAUAAUUGACUUAUCCGAAAUAAUCAUGACACUAAUUAACGAUUAAUUAAAACCAAAGUGCCAAUAAUGCGAGUCGUCACACGAUACUUGCACUUCUUCAAACUUCCGGACAAAAAACGCGAAUAUUUCGCUAGAAAACUCGUGGGCUUCUCGACUAGUCAGAUGUACAAAGUGGUGGCUGAUGUGAAAAAUUACAAGAAGUUUGUACCUUUCUGCACCAAAUCUGUGAUCUUAUCUCAAGAACCGUCCGUUUUACGGGCGAACCUAGAAGUGGGCUUCCCCCCGGUUAUUGAAAACUACACCUCGGUUGUCUCGUUACGUGAACCUGAACUAGUCAGUGCUGUUUGUAAAGAUGGGAGGUUGUUUCACGUCUUGGAGACGACUUGGAAGUUCAGUCCCGGCCUCCGGAGCAACCCCCAGUCUUGCAUCAUAGAUUUCUACAUCAAUUUUGAGUUUAAAUCAGCGCUUUAUUCCAAAUUAGCGAUAUUCUUCUUUGACCAGCUGGUGCACCAAAUGGAGGAUGCGUUCAUAAAGGAGGCGCAGAGGCGGUACGGCAAGGAGUCGCUGCCCGUGCACCCCCUUGAGCCAGUGAGGACUUGACCAUAGUUUGUUAUUGUUUUACAAUUUUAUUUUAAUAAAUUAUUUUAUUCAAA